AACCAAGAGCUCUGCGCGCUCGACGUGAGCGAUACGAGCCGCUGUGACAGGAAAUAACCUCGAUGAUGGAAAGUUCUUCUUUUCAGCCAAGUGUGAGGAGGACGACGAUGAAGAUGGCAUCGGUUUCUGUCGUCUCGGCGUUUCUGCUCUGCUGCUCCGCCGUCGCCUCCCAAGGUUGUGACUUGUACGCUGCAACGGGUCGAAGCAUCAAUGUUCAUCUGGGAUACAAACUGAAAUCUGACGAUUCUCUGAAGUGGAAGUUUAAAGACCAAACAAUAUUUCAUAAAAAAUCGUCACAGAUAAUUGCCGGUAAACCUUCUGACAUUAAUGAAGAGGGAUCCCUCAAACUGACUAAUCUGAAGAAGGACCAAGAAGGAGUUUACACCCCUGAGGUUUACAAUAGCAAUGGAAAAGCACAGAAAACGGUGACAACACACUUAUGUAUACGAGAUCCUGUGAAGAAGCCUGCAGCGGAAGCAAUAUGUGAAGAUAAAAACGUGAUCUUUAAAUGCAUUCCUGAUAAGGCAUCCCAGCAUGUUAUCAAAAAGUACGAAUGGCUUCAGAACAAUGUCCAGACGAAGAAAACGGUUCCGACUUUUAAGUUGACGGCCGCAGAAACUAAAGACAUCAAAUUUGCUUGCAACAUUUCCAAUGAAGUCAGUUUUGAAAUCAGCGAGCCUGUCUCUCAUAAUUGUGCUAAAAUAAGUAUCCCAGGUCUCCCAGACGAAGUGUGGGGAAUAAGUAUCUGGGUUUUUGUAGGUGGUGGAGGAGGUAUCGUUAUAUUGCUGAUCAUCACCGUCAUUGUUUGCUGCGUCCGAACUAAGCGGACAAGGAAACUACGCCUGAAGGAUGAGGAGGAGCUCCGUUUGGAGUGGACCAACACCAGUCACCAUCCCAAUCAUCCGCCUCUUCCUAACCAUCCUCCUCCUCAUCAUCCCAACCGUCACCAUCAUCAUCAGCACCACCACCAGCAGCAGCAGCAGCAGCAGCAGCAGCAGCAGCAAGAGCAGCAACAGGCACCGGGCAACACCGGCCCUCGACAGAGCCGCACCAAGCAAAACCGCCAACCUCGAGCCCGAGCCCCUGAACCCAACAGCCAACCUCAGCCCAGCCCCCGAAGAACCGGGCAGGCACAGAAACCUGCCAGUGACGCCGAUGACGAGCAGCCUCCUCCUCUUCCUCAGCCCAGGAAGAAAGGAAACAAACCUCAACUAGAUUAAAAAUCAUCUGAGAUAAAGUUAGACACAGACGUUUUAUUCCUCCUGAUUUUCUGGGCUGCUCCACUUUAAUGUUUAUUUUGUGUGUGGGUGGGAGUGGGUGUGUGUGUGGGGGUGUGUGUGUGUGUGUGUUCAAACUAAAAAAACUUCAGCCCGUGCAGAUUAACAAACUACAACCUGCGAUAUCGUUGAAAAGCUUUAAUGCUGAACUCAAACUAAACAUGUUCAAACUCUUUCUGACUUCUGUUAAAAUGUCACUUUUGAUAUUGAUAUAUUGAUGGGAACUUCCAGUCAGCUGGCUGAAAGACAGCCAGCUGUUCCUCGACAAACUUUACUGUUUCACUUCAAGGCACUUAUGAAAUAAGAGUUAAAUACUUAUCUAGUUAGUUUUUAAUUAUUCAGCAAUCUCCUACAGUUAGUGCUGUUUUCAUACAACAGCUAGCAUGUAAAGCAAUGACUCAUCGAGACUAAAAAUGUCCUUUUAGUGUGUGGUUACUGAGACCACACAUUGCCAAGCAUCAGUAUUCUCUCAUUAAUGAGAAAAUACCGAGAUAUAUGCACCGAAAGACAAACUUAAAUCUCUGAGCCUUCGAUUUCAGAACUUGAUCUGAAAUUGAUCAAAUUCAGUCUUGAAUUUGAAAACAACCCCAGUUUGGAUUGAUAUGACUGAAAAAUAACGCUGAUGGGAUUUUCUUUUUACAUAAUUAAAAUCUGUGUGGCUGAUCAUGUCGUUUUUGUUUGUUUUGUUUAAAUGUUUCAAAGCCAGGAGAAUCUCAUGCCGGUCUAUAUCUACGUAUAUUUUUAACUUUUUUUAUUUUCUAAGCGAAAAUGAAACCAGGACUUGCUAGGCACAGAUCGAAGUGGGAGAUGUAUUCUGUGGACACAUGUUUCAGUUGCUGCGUCAAACUAUUUGAGAGUUUCUUUGUAUGUGUGUAAAAAAAAAAAAAAGAAAUGUUGUCAUGUAACUAAUGAUUUCUGUUUACUUUAAGACAAACUCCUCUCAGUCCAAAAAAUACUAACACGGAGCGCAUCGUGUGUUUCAUUUGCAAAUGGUGGUCAACAGUAGAGAUAGGCGGCUAAAAUCACUCAAUGAUGUGUGAAAAUUAUAAGUGUCAAUGUUCUUUUUAGAAAAC